CACAGACAUGACGUCUCGCUGCGGCUCGCGGGCCUCCGUACGUCCGCGUCGUAGUGUCUAAAAGACAUUUAAAUGUCCGUCUAGUAACAGCUUGGUUAUAACGCUGUUACGGAGGUUUUAGAAGAAACAGCUGCUGACACACGGCUCGGUUUUAUUCUGGCCCUUAUUCCUUUUAAUCUGAACUCGACUUUUUACAGGAGGUUGUGAUAAAAAGCCGUAAAAUGAGCGAAGAGGAGGACUCCGCGCGGAGAGCUCGAGCCGGGUUUGAGGAUCUGUGUCGGGCUCUAAAUAUGGACGAAGACCCGAGCAGCGAGGCGUGGAGGAGCUACGAGAACAUCAGCAGGACCUUCACCUUAGAGGGCAGUGAGCUGCACUGGUUGGCGUGCUCUCUGUACGUGGCAUGCAGGUCGUCCUCGGUGCCCACGGUGGGGAAAGGAACCUCAGAGGGGAACUACGUCUCUCUGACCAGAAUCUUGCGCUGCUCAGAGAUGAGUCUGGUGGACUUCCUGAAUAAGAUGAAGAAGUGGCAGGACAUGGCCCAGCUGCCUCAGGACUUCCGUCAGACCACCCAGAAGCUGGAGAGGGACUUCACCGUGUCAGCGGUCCUCUUCAAGAAGUACGUCCCCAUCUUCAAAGCAGUUUUCAGGGCACUGUCUGACGAGCCGCCGCGAAUCCACCGCAGCCGCAAACAGAGACGCCAUCCGUGCACCGUGACCGAGGUCUUCAACUUCUGCUGGGUCCUGUUUGUUUACGCUAAAGGAAACUUCCCCAUGAUCAGUGAUGACCUGGUGAACUCGUACCACCUGCUGCUGUGCGCCCUCGAUCUCGUCCUCACCAACGCCCUGCUGUGCAACGCCAGGAAAGACCUGCUCAACCCCCAAUUUAAAGGUCUCCCUGAGGACUUCAGCAGCAGAGACUUCCGGCCCUCUUCAGGUCCGUUGUGUUUCCUGGAGUCGCUCUGUGACCUUCAUGACGGUUUGGUUCUGGAGGCUAAAGGAGUCAAAGAACACUUCUGGAAACCUCUGAUGAAGAGACUCUUCCACAAAAGGAUCCUCAGAGGGAAAGAAGACGGGCUGAGUGGCUUCCUGGACCCCAUGAACUUUGGAGACAGUUUUCUGUCUCUCAGUCGUGUUUAUGAAGAACACAUUUUGGCGAGCGGCGGUCUGGAUGAGAGGAUUUUUACAGGUGAGGGGGCGAGUGAGGAAAUCGGUACCCCGGGGCCCUGCCUGUGUGAAGGCGUGGAGAACCAGGACAGCGCCACCUACAGGCUCCACAGCAGCCUCACUGCCUCGGCCCUGAAGAUCUCUACUCCUCUGAUGGGGAGGAAGUACGUUCAGGAGAACAGCCUGGCUUCUCCCGUGUCGUUGGCCAUGAAGAGCGUCGGACGUCUACACACGCUGCUGUCAGGAACCAAACAGGGCCCGAGUGCUAAGCUAACCCAAACUCUCAGGAACUGUGCCAGAGACCCCAGUGAUGUCAUCAGUCAGCGCCUGAAGGACAUGUUUGAGCUUUUCUGUCAGCAUUUGGAGGACAGCGGGGCAGAGGACAGCGGGAUGGGGAAAGACAUGGCAGUUAAGUACUUCCACCUGGCGGAGGCGCUCUACUACAGGAUGCUGGAGUCCAUCAUCGAGAGAGAGAAGAUGAUUCUAGGAGACGCCGACCUGUCGUGUAUUCUGGAGCAGGACGUGUUUCAUCGCUCUCUGCUUGUCUGCUGUCUGGAGAUCGUCGUCUUCUCUUACAGACCUCCAGGAGACUUCCCCAAGCUCAUCAACAUCUUCCAGCUGCCCGCUUAUCACUUCUACAAGGUGAUCGAGGUGUUAGUGCGGUCGGAGCAGGGUCUGUUUCGAGAGGUGGUGAAACACCUGAACCAGGUGGAGGAGCAAGUCCUCGAGAGUCUGGCCUGGACCAGUGAGUCCCCACUGUGGGAGAGCCUGAGAGGAGCCAAGGACCUGGUCCCCACCUGUCAGCAGGUGAUGCCUCCUCAGUAUCUGGAGCAGAACAAUGAAAGCAGCUCGGGCAGCGUUCCUCUCAUUUCAAGCACUCAGAGAAUCAACCUCAAUGCCAACAGCACACUCAAAGGUGUGUCCCCCUCCCCCACCUCCCUGUUGGACAGGUACAGCUCCCCACCCACCGGCUCGGCUCGGCGCCGUCUCUUUGUGGACAUCGUAGAUGGAGAGUCUAGAGUCUCCUCUUCCAACACAACCAGCACCACCAGCACGCCCGUCUCUGUGACAAAGAGCGGACAGCCCAGCCUGGUCACAGCCAUCCCAGCCGGGCAGACUGUGGUCACUGUGGCAACCGCCACAGUCACCGCCAACAACGGGCAGACGGUCACCAUACCAGUGCAAGGUAUAGCCAAUGAGAGUGGAGGAAUCACCUUUUUCCCCGUCCAGGUGAAUAUGACAGGACAGGGCGGAGCCACGCUGCAGGCGCUGUCUGCACAGACUCUGACCGGGACACUCACCGUCCAAUCAGCUGUCAGCAAACCCAGUGUUAAACCAGCAAGCAACCCGCUGAGGAAAGGAUCUCUGUCUCUGUUCUUCAGGAAGGUGUACCACCUGGCCAGUGUGCGGCUCAGAGACCUUUGUGUCAAACUGGACAUCUCCUCCGACCUGAGGAGGAAGAUCUGGACGUGUUUCGAGUUCUCGAUGGUUCACUGCAACGAGCUGAUGAAGGACCGCCACCUCGACCAGCUGCUCAUGUGUGCGGUCUAUGUCAUGGCCAAGGUGACAAAAGAAGAAAAAUCUUUCCAGAACAUCAUGAAAUGUUAUCGCUCUCAACCUCAGGCCAACAGCAACGUGUACAGGAGUGUGUUGAUAUCUGGGCGGAGUCGACACUCAGACGACACGAACAAACACAACGUGACGUCCGACAGCAAACAGGACUCAGAGGGAGACAUCAGUCCACUUCCUGUUCGCUCCAGCAGCACCUUACCCGCCACCCAACCCGGCAGUGCCCCCUCCACCCCCAACAAGACCUCCUCGUCCUCCUCGGCUGUGUGUGAGGCGGAGGACGAGGAGCGAGGAGACCUGAUCCUCUUCUACAACAACGUCUACAUCAAACAGAUGAGACUGUUCGCUCUCAGAUACUCGCCCAGCUCGCCCUCUGCUGGGUCCCCCCCUCUCUGUCCGUACCCCACCCUGAGGACAGGCUCGCCCCGUCGGAUGCUUCUCUCCAGCAAACACUCCAUCUACAUCUCCCCUCACAAGACAAGCUCCACCCCCACGCCGACCUCUGCCCGGGACAAGAUGUCUUACUACAUCUGCAGCAGCCCCCCCAAUCGUCUACAGGAGAUCAACAGCAUGAUCCGCACCGGUGAGACUCCGAGCAGGAAGCGCAGCGUGCCGCUGGAGGACGGCACGUCCCCGAAAAGAGUCUGUCCUGACAACCACUCUGCUCUACUGCGCCGCCUGCAGGACGUGGCUAAUGACCGCAGCUCCUCCCACUGACUGACACUUGCCUACGGAAGCCCUGAGCGGACAUGAAGGGUUAGGGUCUUUGUUUCAUUAGGACAGAGCAGCUGUGGCUCAGUGGUAGAGGGGGUCAGACUGAAGGUCGGGGUUUCGAUCCUCAGCUCCUGAAGCUGAUGGUCUCAGUUGGCUGCAGGUUACACACUUCAGAACCGUCUGUCAAUGUCUCAACAACUUCACGCCAGGACGAUGACAUCAUUAGGAGGAAGUUUCCACACGUCUACUUCCUCCACUUCUUCCUUGCUACUUCUCCUCUCCCAGCUCGCUAGUUUUUUACAAUGCCUUCUCUUUCAGUCCCCCUAUCAUGAUGUGUCCACCUCCCUUCACUGUCCUCUCCUCUCCUCUCCUCUCCUCUCCUCCCCUGACUGAGAUGUUGUCAACAUUGAUGAAGUCCGUCGGUGAGACUUGAGGGUUGGCUCUGAUUUAUUUGGCGGUUGAUGAAGCGUCCAUCUUGUUUGCAGUCACUCUGGUGUUUCUAACGUAGUCAUCAUAUUUAUCAUCAUCGACACUCAGCCGUUCUUCUUCUGCUCGCUGUGUCUCCUCCCAUCAUCACGUUGACCUCAGACAGUCGAGGCCAUGAAAAGUGUGUAAAUAUUUGUAAAAAAGAGAGAAGUUAUUUUAUGGAGCUCUUUGUAACUUAAGUGCCUUUUUUUACUCCUGAACUCUUUUUCUUUGUUUCAACAACUGAUGGAAUAAAAAGUUAUAACCA